GGGUCGCGCGGGUUAGAGCUGACGUGCGUGAGCAGUGCAGAAUCAAUUCUGCCACCGAAUCUUCAGGAACAGUUACAGAUACAGCAUCAGUUCGACCUUGCGAGUCAGUUCCCAGCGUCUGUGGCUGGACGGUCCAGGCAGAGACCCUGGGUUUCCUGUGUUUGCUCUGCGUCAAGGUUUGAUGCAAUCGAGGCACGUGGAUGGAGGAUUUUUCUGGAUUUUUCACUGCAGACCGGAUGCAGACUCUUGCGGUAUAACAGCUGUCGGAGCACUGGAAAGCAUGCAUGCAGUCUGCCAGAAUGGUAUCACUACAGGCAGACUGGAUGGAGACUGUUUCUGGAUUUUCAUCUACUCCUUUUUGGUCUCGGACGUACUUACAAACUGAGAGUUGAGAACAAAGACAUCGAUUGACGCGCCGUGCGAAGAUACAUUUGAUGCUAAGUCCUCCUGCCGUAACUGCUGAAUGCUUUUGGCAACCACAAUGCCACCGUUAUUCAGCAGUUGCGCCAGGACAAACACCCUGAGGAUCCGAUAUUGAAAAAAAUCAAUCCUGAUCAAUCCUGAUCAAUAAUAUUGAAAAUGAUUUUUUUCAAUACCAGGAAAAUAUGUUUUUCAAUAUCGAGGAUUGAAAGAAAAGAUCAAUAUUUCCAAUCAAUAUCGAUCAAUAGCAUGAUCAAUAUCAUAUAGUAGUAUCAUCAGCAAGUCAAGACCAUCAUCAGUCUUCAGCUACAAUUGUCAGAUCCAUUUUUCAAGCAUGUAGGGGGCCAUUAGAGGCAUUCACAACGCGCAAGCUUCUAUUUCAUACUCAUAUGUGCCAGAGCUGUUUUUGCUUAUAGCAGGUUUAAACUCAUUGCCUGGUCUGGGCCUGAAAGAAGGCCAUUCUUCAAAGUUUUGGGGUUUCAGCUGGUGUGUUGUGGGCUUGAAAGAUCAAUCAUCUUCAAGGGAUUUGAAUCUGAGGAUUUUCAGCUUGCUAGGGCUUGAAAGAAAGCCAUGACAUCCAAGGGUGGAGCACGCAGGUCAUUGGUGCCACCAGUGGACUUGGAUGCUUUGCGAAAAAUUUUUGAGACAGCUGUGGCCACCCAAGGUGCUGAUGCUUUUAAACUUGGUGACUAUCAGGAGAAAAGUGUAAGCACAGCUGUGAGCUCUGCAGGUUUGCACCACAAUGCAAAGUAUGUCAAGGAGUUCUACAAAAUCUCAGAAGGAGAAAUUCCCUCUGGGCAGUUGAAGCAGUGCAUCCUCAAAUAUGGGUACACUCACAACGACAGUGAGUGGAAGGAUGACCUGUGGGCAGGCAAGUUUGCAAGUCAAUUUGUCUGCUUGCUCAGCCAUGUGAGAAGACUGAAAAGAGACUCUUCGAAACUAAGGCAGUGCCUGCAGGGAGCUACAGGGGCUGAAAGGCAAUCCAUUCUUGAAAUUGUGGAUUUGCCAGAUGCUUGCAAGAAAGCAGCCCCAGGUCCUGAGGAUGACCAGGCCUGCAAGAAGGCCAAAGCUGCCAAGGAGACUUCUUCUGCGAAAGCUGCAGAGGCUGGUGGCCAAGGAAGUUCCAGCUCUGCUUCUUUGAAAGAACCCGAGGAGCAGGCCUGCAAGAAGGCCAGAACUUUGAAACUACAAGUUUCAGAUGUUUCUGUGGACUCCCAUGGCUGGCCAGCCAUUCUCAAUUCUCCAAAGGCUGCAAAAGAAGAAGAAGAAGUGAAAGAUUGCUUUUCCAGAAACAUGACAAUUCUGGAAAAAAUGAGGGUAAGCUGCAAGGAGCAGCUGGAUAAAGCUGCACAAGAGGCAGCCCAAGAGUUGGUUGAGAGCAGACCAGGGCUUGAAAGAAGGUCAGAAAUCCAAAAAAAGCCAGCCAGCAAAGAAUGCAAAAAAAAGCCAGCUUCGAAGAAAGCUUCCUUUCCCAAGGCAAAAAGCUUAAGGCCUGAAAGAAGGCCCACAGAGAAGCAAGGACCAAAAAAAGAAGCAGCACCACAGCCAGAACCAUUGGUGGCAGCAGAAGGGCCAAGGCCUGAAAGAAGGCCAUGGUCAGCAGUGAAAAAAGUCAUGGGCAAGGACCAAGCCUAUCUCAUGGGCCUUUUUGGAAGAGAUUGGAAGCUCAUCAUUGGCUGCACCAAAAGAAUGGGAAAGAUUUUCCCAGGUGGGCAUCACGCUGUGAUUUUGGAGCUGGAAAAGCAUCGACCAGGGGAGGAGGAUUGGGACACUUUCAGGCAAGAAGCCAGGGGCAAGAGGGGAAGGGAAGCGAGAAAGGCUUUGAGGGCCAGAGACCCUGAAGUCCAAGCCAGGAAAGAGAAGGGCCUGAAAGAAGGCUUUAAGGAAGACAAGCAGUUGCUGGAAGAGAAGGCAGCCUUCUUGGAAGAGAAGGCUGCAUGGCUCAGCAAGCAGGAGAUGAGCCCCAGCCCUGCCAGAGGGGUUGUCCUGCAGGAAGGGCCAGGGGCCAGGCCUGAAAGAAGGCCAAAAAGGAAGGACAGCAGCAGCAGCAGGCCUGAAAGAAGGCCAAAAAGGAAGGACAGCAGCAGCAGCAGGCCUGAAAGAAGGCCUAAACAAAAAGCCGGCAGAUCCUCCUCCUCUUCUUAUUCAUAUGAAUACAGUGAAGAGGAGGAGGUAUUUGUGGAGGAGGAGCAGCCAGACUGGCAGGAGGAGGAGGAGGAGAAAGAGGAAAAGGAGGAGGAGGAGCAGCCAAAGAAAAAGGACCCCAAGGACAAGGAAAAGAAAGCUGCAAAGGAGGAGGAGCGAAAGGAGAAAAAGGUUUCCAAGGAAAAGGAAGCUGCAAAGAAGGAGAAGAAGCCCCAAAAGGAAGAGAAGCCCAAGGAGAAGGAGAAGGAAGAUGACAAGGAUAUGGAGGAGGGGAAAACAGCCAAGAAGCGAAAGGAAAGGAAGAAAGUGGUCAAGGAGGAGGAGGAGGGGCAGGAGGAGGGAAAAGAAAAAAGAGAGAAAGAGGUGGAUGCUUCUGACCUGUGA